AAAAAUUAGAUUGGCCAAGUUUCGAAUCUCCAGCAAGCUGGAUGGCUAUAUAAGCCCCGAGCCCCCAUUAGAAGCCUGUAUUGUUUCCCAAGAUGUGGCCCACGUGGCUGCUGGUGCUCCUAUCACUAUCACUGGCCAAUGGAAGGCAGGUGGGCAGAUGCAGUUUGGCCCGUCAGCUCUAUCGGUACGGAAUGCCCUACAACGAGCUGCCCGACUGGCUGUGCCUCGUGGAGGGCGAGAGCUCCUUCAACACAAAGGCCAUUAAUCCCUCGAACGUGGAUGGAUCCGUGGACUGGGGUCUGUUCCAGAUCAACGAUCGCUACUGGUGCAAGCCGGCGGAUGGUCGUCCCUCCAACGAUCUCUGUCGAUUACCCUGUCGCCUGCUGUUGAGCGACGAUAUCCGGUAUUCUAUUGCCUGUGCGAAAUACAUUAGGAAACAACAAGGAUUCUCCGCCUGGGUGGCUUGGAACAAUCGAUGUCAGGGAGUCAAGCCGAAUGUGAAUCACUGUUUCCGCCGGCGUCACAGAAAUUCGGGAUGA